GGGAUACGUGGCCCGUGGUUCUAUGCGAUAGAUGUGUGUUGUUUAUAUUUUUUAUUAUCGAAUUUCACCAAAAAAUUGAAAAGAAGCCAUUGCUAGGCUUCAUUCAGUAUGAUGAAUCCACAGUAUCUGCCACCAGGGCAGAAUAAUAAUGCACCAAAUAAUCCACUAGGCUUCCCACCAACAUCUCAAGAAUAUAAUGGUGUCCAAAAUGCUAACAUUUACAGCCAAAUACCACCCAAUGGACCCCAGAUGGAUAUGUCUCAAAAGAUGCAGAGUCUUAAUUUAAAUGGACCACAAGGGCAAUCCAAUAUCCCCACAUCCCAAUUGCCACCUGGACAAUUUCCUCCUUCAAACUUCCCACCAACAUCGAACUACAGCAGUCAAUUGCCACCAGGUAUGAAGCCUUUAGGUCAGCAAAGCAGACCUCCUGUAAGCAGUACUCCACAGCAAUUUCCACCAUCCAUGAAUCAAACUGUGCCUCAUUCCUCUGCAUCAGGACAAAUGCCCCAGUCGCAUAACUUUGGUCAACCUCCAAUGCAGCAGGCUCCACCAAACUCUCAACCUCAAGGACCACAGAGUUCUCAACUUGGGCCCCCAUCUUCCAUGGUGAAAGGUGGACAACCACAAAUGGGUGGUCCUCCCCAAGCGGGUUACCAAGGUCCACCACCUUCAAGUCAACCUGGUUCACAACCACAACAAAUGCGAGUUUCGACUCAACCUGGCAUGCAACAACCUAAUUCAUCUGCAUCUGGACCUGGUUUUCCACCAAAUCGCGGACCACAAACUGGCGUAGGUGGUGGACCACAACAGCAAGGGCAAAUGUCUGGCUUACCUCCGCAACCAAUGCCUGGACAAGGAACCCCAACAAGUCAACCUAGCUUUUCACAGGCCGGAUCAACGUCUAGUCAUACGGGAUUGCCUCCUCAACCUGGAAUGGUGCCUCAGUCAAAAUUACCUCAGCCCGGUUCAGCUGGUUCGCAAGGUGGCAUUCGACAUCAACAAAAUGAUAUACUUAGUCAACCUGGACCACCUGGUAUUUCGCAUCAACCAAUUAUAAGUCAACCUGGUCUAUCUUCUCAACCUGGCUUGCAUUCGCAAUCAAGAAUACCACAACAUCCUGGAAUGCAACCACAGCCUGGCAUGCCACCCCAACAUGGUAUGGGAUCUCAAUUUGGCAUGCAACCUCAGCCGGGCAUGCUACCACAACCUGGAAUGCCACCCCAACCUGGAAAACCACCUCAACCUGGUAUGCCACCGCAACCUGGGAUGCCACAGCAACCUGGUAUGCCACCACAACCGGGCAUGCCACCACAACCGGGCAUGCCACCACAACCUGGUAUGCCAUCACAACCCGGUAUGCCACCGCAACCUGGUAUGCCACAGCAACCUGGUAUGCCACAGCAACCUAGCAUGCCACCACAACCUGGUAUGCCAUCACAACCUGGUAUGUCACAUCAACCUGGUAUGCCACCACAACCAGGCAUGCCACCGCAACCGGGCAUGCCACCGCAACCUGGUAUGCCAUCACAACCUGGUAUGCCACCGCAGCCUGGAAUGCAACCGCAACCUGGAAUGCCUUCACAACCAUCUUCACAAUAUAAUCAGUACCAAACAAUGCCCGGCUUACCACAUAUGCCGCCGCCACUAAGCCAGCAGAGACAGUUUCCAGCAGCCCCAGGAACUCAGCCUGGAUAUAAUGCCCAAUAUUCUGGCAUGCCACCAAUACCACCACAACAACAACAAAUGGGCGCGCAAGGCUACCCACCGUUCCCGGGCCAGCAACCAAGUUACAACCCGCAAUAUCAGCAACCACCGCAGAAACGCCUCGACCCUGAUCAGAUGCCUAGCCCAAUCCAAGUUAUGGCAGAUGAUCAGCAAAAUCGUGGAGGAGUUUUUGUCACCAAUGAAAAGGGGCUGGUCCCGCCCUUAGUUACGACUGACUUUGUUGUUGACGACAAGGGCAAUGCCAGUCCGAGGUAUAUUAGAAGUUCGAUGUACAGUGUGCCCGUCACUGCAGACCUCUUGAAACAGACCUCUAUGCCAUUCUGCUUAGUUAUUUCACCAAUGGCCGAGACAGUGGGAACGGAACAAGAACCACCCGUACUUGAUUUUGCAGCCCUAACCGGUUCACCAAACAUGGGUCCUGUCCGUUGCAGUCGGUGCAAAGCCUACAUGUGUCCCAAUAUGAAGUUCAUAGAUGCGGGCAGGCAUUUCAAAUGUGCUUUCUGUAAAGCCACAACUGAAGUGCCGAUGGAGUACACGCAGUACAUCAACAGCAUGCAGCAGUACGGUCGCGUGCCGGCGGAGAUGGCGCUCGGGGCCUACGAGAUCGUCGCCACCAAGGAAUACUGCAGGAACAACACCUUACCAAAUCCUCCAGCGGUUGUAUUUGUCAUCGAUGUUUCAUACAACGCCAUCAAAAACGGUUUAGUGCAGACAAUAUGCGAUAACGUUUUGGAUAUUAUUGAGGCGAUGCCAAAGGACGAACAAACAGGCAAGAGUUGGACUCGUGUCGGUUUCAUAACAUACAGCACCACUGUACACUUUUAUAACAUCAAGGGUACACUCGCUCAACCGCAAAUGCUGUCAGUGGGUGACGUAGGUGACAUGUUCGUACCCCUUCUAGAAGGGUUCCUCGAGAGGCCAGAAGACAGCGGUCCAGUCCUGCAAGCUCUUCUGCAACAGUUGCCCGUCAUGUUCGAAAACAACAAAGAAACCGAGACGAUACUCUUACCAGCCGUGCAGGCUGGCUUAGAAGCUCUAAAAGCAGCCGACACGUCCGGCCAACUUCUAGUGUUCCACACCAGUCUUCCAACUUUCAAUGCUCCCGGAAAACUAAUCAAUAGAGAAGACAGGAAAUUGCUGGGUACUGAUAAGGAGAAACAAAUAUUAUCGCCGCAGACGACGGCGUACAACGAGCUCGGGCAGGCGUGCUCGGCGGCCGGCGUGUGCGUGCAGCUCUACGUGUGCAACAACUCGUACGUGGACGCAGCCACGCUGGGGCAGCUGCCCAGGCUCACCGGCGGGCAGCUGCACAAGUACACAUACUUCACGGCGGACGCGGACGGCGCGCGGCUGGCGUGGGACGUGCGGCGCGCCGUGUCGCGCGCGGCGGCGCACGACGCCGUCAUGCGCGUGCGCACCUCCACCGGCGUGCGCGCCACGGACUUCUUCGGACACUUCUUCAUGUCCAACACCACCGACGUCGAGCUCGCUGCCAUAGACUCCGACAAGGCGGUGGGCGUGGAGGUGAAGCACGACGACAAGCUGACGGGCGAGGACGGCGUGUACGUGCAGGCCGCGCUGCUGUACACGCACCGCAGCGGCCAGCGCCGCCUGCGCGUGCUCAACCUGGCGCUGGCGGUGGCGCAGCAGCUCGCCGACGUCUACCGCUCCGCGGACCUCGACACCUGCGUCAACUUCCUCACCAAGCAGGCGGUGUGGGCGCUGCGCGAGGCGGGCCCGCGCGCGGUGCGCGAGGGGCUGACGGCCCGCUGCGCGCGCUCGCUGGCGGCCUACCGCCGGCACUGCGCGUCGCCGUCGUCGGCCGGCCAGCUGGUGCUGCCCGAGUCCAUGAAGCUGCUGCCGCUGUACACGAGCUGCGUGCUGCGCUCGGACGCCGUGGCGGGCGGGCCCGACCUCACGUGCGACGACCGCUCGUGCGCCAUGUACCGCGCGCUGACGGCCGACGUGUCGCUGUCGCUGGCCUACACCUACCCGCGCCUGCUGCCGCUGCACGCGCUGCCCGCCGCGCAGCCGCAGCCGCUGCGCGCCUCCAUCGACAAGAUGUCGGACCAGGGCGUCUACCUGCUCGAAAACGGAGUCCACAUGCUCAUCUGGGUGGGGUCGCAGGCGCCCGCGGAGUUCGUGCGCGACGUGUUCGGCGUCAGCUCCGCGCAGCACGUGGAGGCGCACGUGUGCGAGCUGCCCGAGCUCGACACGCCGGCCGGCCGCGCCGCGCGCGACCUCGUGCGCGCCGUGCGCCGCCAGCGCCGCAGCGCCAUGCGGUUAACGGUAAUGCGCCAACACGACAAGCUGGAGACGGUGCUACGUCACUUCCUGGUGGAGGACCGCGGCGUGGACGGCAGCUCGUCCUACGUGGACUACCUGUGCCACAUACACAAGGAGAUCAGGUCGCUGCUAUAGCACGACUGACUCGAGACCUCAACGUUUAACGACUUAUAUACGCGCUUCCUAGAACUCGUUACAGGUAUAUAAACGGUUGAUUGGUCAAUAUAAUAACGGAAGAGGUCAUGCAUUAAAAAAUUAAUUGAAAUAUUAGACAAAGUUACGGUACGUGGUAAUCUUAUCACGCAUGUGAAUAAAGCAAAGAUUUGUAAAUGGUUGUUAGUAGUUACAUUCUAUGUAUGGACAGCAAAAAAAAAUAAAUGUAUUUAUUUGUAACCUAUAUUAAUAAUGCAAUGAGAUUAAUUAGUGUUCGUUUUAACGUUGUUAAAUAAGGUUACGUAAGUAAACAAACAAAUUUUGUUUCGAAUAAAUAUUUAGACUCAAAUUGUGUAAUAUAGAACAGAGAUACUAACAGCGAGCGUGUGAAAUGCAAUGAGUUCGGCGACCAUUUAUAAAACUUUUUUUUAUUAGCCCAGGUCUUAAAUAAUGAGGAUAUACUGUGACUUAAUUUGUUAAGUUCCUUGUGUGUGUACACUGGCUCACUUAAAUCUGUCUACGACCAGUUUGCAAAUGUACUUCUAUUGUUUAACUGUUAUGUGGAUAUGUGUGCAAAAAUGCUGGAUCAAAUAGUCUAUAAUGGAGAUUUAAUGGUUAUAGUGAUAAGCACUGUCUGUGCGAGGAAUUUUAUAAUUGGUGUUUGUUUAUAUUUGUGUAUAAAGGCGGAAAGUAAACAGUCGAUAUAUCAAUCCUUUUCUAGCUUAUAAAGUUAGAAUAGGAUGGUAAUAUAUUUUUUUUUUGGUUACGAAUAAAUUAAAAAAAAACAAACGAACGAUAAUUUGAUUUAUAAAAUAAAAUUAACAAUAAUAAUAUCUUAACUUCCAUUACAAACGAUUGAGAUAAACCUUUGCACACAAUUUGGUACUGUCGACAAAACAAUAUUUCAUUUAAUUUUAUACAUUGAUUUAAUAAACAUUAAUAUUAACUUACUAGAUUUGAAUAAUUGAUUCCAACUCACUACAAGUAUUAUUGUGAAGCGUGUGUUGUCUUUUAUCGAUAAUAGAUAAUCUGUAACUCCAUUAUUUUAAAUAGAUUGCCAAAAUAUAAGAUUUACUUAUAAUAAUGUAAUAAUUUAAAAGUUCCAAGUGUACUUUUAGCGCUUAUAUAAAGUCGUUAAACGUUGACACAAUACCGUGUCGAAAUGAACUCGUUAUAAUAAUUCCGUAUCGUGUGACGAUCAUAUUGAGUGAAUUGUUUAUGUGAAAAGUAUAUGAUGUUAUUUUAUAUCAUGUACGUUGGGUUGUAUUGUUGAACGGGCUGUUGAUAAAAUUAAUUAUAUUAUUUAAUAUUUAUGAUGUAAGUUUUGUUUCCGGUUUUUGAAAAUUUUUUUUUUUUUUUAGAAUAGGAAGGUGGACGAGCAUAUGGGCCACCUGAUGGUAAGUGGUCACCAAACGCCCUUAGACAUUGGCAUUGCAAGAAAUGUCAACCAUCGCUUAUAGCCAAUGCGCCACCAACCUUGGGAACUAAGAUUUUAUGUCCCUUGUGCCUGUAAUUACACUGGCUCACUCACCCUUCAAACCGGAACACAACAAUAUCAAGUAUUGCUGUUUUGCGGUAGAAUAUCUGAUGAGUGGGUGGUACCUACCCAGACGGGCUUGCACAAAGCCCUACCACCAGUAGUGUUUUUAAUCUGAAUUCUAAUUGGUCGAUAUAUACUUAUGACGCAAUAAAUGACCAAUGAGCGUUCAGUGUUUUUUAAUUGAUUAUUUAAAAAAAAUAAUUAGUAAUAUCAUUUAUGAGUUAAAACUUUGGAAAGGCGAAAAUUGUAUGAAUGACAAAAAAACCUUAUUUCUAAACUCAUAUUAGUAUGUAUGGAUCAAAUUUUAUAUCUCAAUUUGAAUUAGUUCCACUCAAACUUUUCGUACCAAAAUAUUAUAAAAAUAUUGGAUUUUUUUUUAACUUAAUUAUUCUUUAUGUGAAACUUUUAAUGUCAACAGUAGCAAUAUCUAAAAUAUAUCUAUCUCUUUCAGACGUCUCGCAUAAUUAUUACUUAAAUGUAAUGUAUUUUAUUAAUAGCCUUAGGACUUAAUAUUAAAAUUAUACAUGGAUUGAACAAUCUUGCUCUUCAAUGUACAUUGCUUAAAAUAAAGGAAAUAUAUAAUUUUCAAGUGUCAAAUUAUCUAAGAACAAUAAAGAUUGUGAAUGUUGGAGAUUAAAAAAAAAAAAAUUGACUGUUUGUGUAACGACCAAGAAUAUAUACGGUUAUAAUGAAAACUUAUAUUAUAUUUUUCUAUUAUAAUUUUAUUCUGACAAAAUUUCCAUUAUAAGUAUAGGUAUUAUUCACACUGCUAUGGUUUUAUACUGUUUAAAAAAAUUAUGUAAUGCUAUCAUCUUUUAUUGUUGUACGCAAUAAGUAUAUAAAUAUUUAGUCUGUUAGUAUGUAUGUAUAUUGUAUACUUAGUCUUAAUUAUAUAGUUAACUGAUUUGAUUGUAACGGAGUGUAAAUAAAUAUAUUGGCAU